UCUGACCCUAAUCACAUAGGUCUGAGGUUUGUGCCUCCUGGAUUACUGAAUCCGGCUUAGGAAGCUAUUUGUGGCUGAUGGGAAGGGAGCAGUUGUGUUCUGGGCCCUCGGCCACUCUUCCCCUUCUCUGGCCUGACCCCGGGUCCCCGGCCUCACCCUCCCCUGGCGAAGGGAGGGGGUGGCUGUGGUGCCCUGAGCCAUUGGCAUCCCCGUUCCUCACUCCCUCAGAGGGGUUGAUAGAUUGAAUUUGCAGUAGAAGAGACAGACUGAGGUCAGACCGCAAGAAGUUGUUUCUAAAUGAGAGGAGAAGCUCUAAAAGUUGAGAAUAGAGGAAGGGGGUGCUGUGCCCAGCACCUUCUUUCUGUGACAAUAAGACUACCUGUGCUCCCCGGAGGAGAAUAUAUAUAAGAUCGACUUCAUCAGGUUCAAAAUUCGGGACAUGGAUUCAGGCACUGUCCUCUUUGAAAUCAAGAAGCCCCCGGCUUCAGAGCGGUUGCCCAUCAACCGGCGGGACCUGGACCCCAAUGCUGGGCGCUUUGUCCGCUACCAGUUCACCCCUGCCUUCCUCCGCCUGAGGCAGGUGGGAGCCACGGUGGAGUUCACGGUGGGAGACAGGCCUGUCAACAACUUCCGCAUGAUCGAGAGGCACUACUUCAGGAAUCAGCUGCUCAAAAGCUUUGACUUCCACUUUGGCUUCUGCAUCCCCAGCAGCAAGAACACCUGCGAGCACAUCUAUGACUUCCCCCCUCUCUCUGAGGAGCUGAUCAAUGAGAUGAUCCGUCACCCGUAUGAGACGCAGUCUGACAGCUUCUACUUCGUGGAUGACCGGCUGGUGAUGCACAACAAAGCAGACUAUUCCUACAGUGGGACGCCCUGACCCCCCAGCUGCCUCCUACCCCAGGAGGGUCCUGGGCCCUCAGCUGUGACUUUCCAGUGCUCACUUCUCAACCCCAGGUCUUCUGCCUGGGAGGUGUCCCAGGGGCCCUGGACCCUGAGUCAGUGUUGGGAGGGAGGGUGCCUGAUGUCCCCAGCCCCAGUCCAUAAAGCGCAUGGGGCCUGGCAUCCGGGGUGGGAUAGGGUGGUAGGGGGGCUAUUUGCCUCCAUCUCCAGGAAGGCCUCCUAUGAGAGGAGGAGCCAGAAUUUCUGGACAGCCUAAUUGGGCCUCUUGGGCCUAAGUUUCAGAACAGGGUUCCCCUACCCAGGCUUUGACUGGGUCAGGCAGAGACCCAUUCUUUGUUUCCUGCC